AUGAGCAGGGUGGCAGAAGAUAACCUGGAGGUCUUGCAGAUCUAUAAGCUCCUGCAAUAUGUACGAGCGAAGAACAAAUCCCACAUCAAAAAGAUGGUCCACAUGGGAGUUUACAACCUGAUAAAUCUCACUGAACCUGAACAGGGACACAGUGCUUUAAAUUUGGCCUGUGUAGCCAAUGAUGAAGAUAUGGUGCAGUUCCUUCUGUCUUUGGGAGCCCAUCCUGACAUACAAGACAUAAGGGGCUGUACCCCGGUGAUGCUGGCUGCACAGCUGGGCUAUGACAAUAUUGUGGCACUUUUGGCUGAACAUAAUGCAAAUAUGAUUCUGAAAGAUGAGGAGGGAAAAGGGGUGCUGUUCUACUGUAUCUCGCCAUCUGAAAAACACGCUAGCUGUCUGCAGAUAGCACUCAACUUCAAAGCAGAUGUCAAUGAUGUUUCAAACGCAGGGGAGCCCGUGUUUGUCUUCGCAUGUGAGAAUGCAAAGACCUGUGAAGAUCUGUGCUUAAGCAUUUUGGAAAGAGGAGCUAAUCUAAAUGCAGUAGAUGAGGUCACAGGUCACACUGCACUCAUGGAGGCAUCUAAGGCCGGUGCUGUGAAGCUUGUAAGAGCCAUUUUACAGAGAGGAGGGAAUCCUAAUAAUCGCAGUAAAGAAGGACUGUGUGCUGCCCAUUUCGCAGCAGAUGGCGGCUUCCUCGAGGUUUUAAUGGUGCUGUCAGCAUACUCUGCUGACUUAGGUGUCAGCACUAUCAGUGGUAACACACCUCUGCACUUUGCAGCUAGUGGUGGCUUCAAUGCGUGUUGUAGGUUUCUGGCUCAAAGAGGAUGUGACCCCAAACAAAAGAAUCUGGAUGGACAACUUCCAAGCCAAAUUGCCAAAAACCGUGGUCACAAGGCGGCUCUGAAGGAGCUUAAGAACGCAGAGCAAAUGUAUGUAAAGCUCUCUGAGCCUGAUGCUGUAAACCCAAAUGAACUAUGGGCAGUCACCCUUCACGAUUGGUCCUGUGAAAAGGAGGCAACCUUGCGCAGAGCCUUGGAAAUGGCAGAGGGUCUCGAUAAACCCCUUAAAAAUGUUCCUCGGGAGACGUUUGUUUCAUUGCUGCACGUUCAUCAAGCUCCAGUAAGUAACGAGAAUCUGCAAAAGAUCAUCACGGAGCAUGACGAAAACCGUGAGGGCAUCAUCAAUGUCAAUGAGUUUUUCAAAGGCCUCAAAUACCUCCAGAAGACCUUUGUCAUCUCAUCCUACGCCCCGAAGCAGAGCCAAAAGCAAGGCAAGAAGGAAAAGGGUGAAAUCAAGAAAAAGGGUGCUUUGCAGUUUCACGUAUGCACAACGCAACCUGAGGCGAUGUGUAGACAAAUGGAUGGUAGACGUCCUGCCUGCAUGAUUGAGAAGUACCAGCCAUUCACAGACAUCAGACGUUUCAGCCAUGCCCGACCACCUGUCCACCCUAUCGAGGAUGACUCUGCAUGGUAUAUCGAUGAGCCUGAAAAGAAAUAUAUCAACAUCCAUUCCUGUGUAAGAUGUGGAGAUCUAGAAUCUCUUAACCUGGCGUUCUUCCAAAAUCUGCCUGUUGAUGUCACAGACCAAUUUCAAAAGACCCCUCUCAUCACAGCCUGCAGCUGUGGCAACUACCAAAUAGCCAAACUACUCAUAGCACUGGGGGCCAAUGUCAAUGCAGUCGACCAGUUUCACCAGACGCCCCUCCAUUACGCUUGUUAUCAAGGAAAUGUAGACAUGAUCCGCAUGCUGGUGGAAUCUGGAGCGACGGUGGAUGCGGUAACAAAGAACGGUGAAACUCCACUCAUGAGAGCUAUUAAAAGCUGUAGAUUCAGCUGUGUGGAGUACCUCAUCAAAUCUGGAUCCAAUGUCAUGGCAAAAAACAAGAAAGAGCAAAAUUGUUUGGACAUUGCCAAAGAUAAUGGUUGUGAUAUAAUCAUUGACUUAGUCAGUGCCAAGUAUUGCAGUCUUGCCAAAAUCGAAGAAAAUAAGAAAGAAAAACAACCAAAACCAAAACCAGUUACCAAACCACCUGCUGUGCAAGAGAAGAUUGAUAUUCAGGUACCAGCACCAUCAGUUUUGGCUGCAGUGAAACUGGGCUUGAAAGAGAACAUCGUAGUCAAGAACCCAAAGUUCACUCUUAGACGUGCCACCAACAAACUGGACAUAAGCUUUGUCCCAAAAAACUUGUGGGGAAAACGGCUCACCAAUUAUUCCGAGCACAUUGAGAAGAAAGACGGAGUGCUUUUCCAAGGAGAUGACUCUCAAGAAUCUCAUACCCUUUAAUCAAGAACAUUAUAAAGCCAAAAGGCACGGAUGAAUGAAGGGGAAUAAAAGUUAAUCUGCCAGCACAAUAGCAUUUACUCACUUUCCAUUCAAACCUUUAGA